GAGUGGAGCUUGGUUUCGCAUGUCAAUUCCUCUCAUUUGAAUCACAAUCGGAUAUACUGCGAUGAAAACAAAACCACUUAAUCAGUGCUAGAGAGCAAGCUGGCUUCGCUGCGGGAGAUGCGCGAACACAAUGGGAGACGUCGCACUCCGAUUGGAAUACAGUGGUGGCAAUAAUGUGUUUUUUAAAAUAAGGGUUUCUUAAUGUCAGAGUGGUUUUGGAAUGAGUGGAUUAGGCCUACAUCACUCUGGGAAAAGUAUAUUUUGACAGGACGGUAGGAAUUUUGAUGGAAGCCUCGCAGCUCGCGAAGCCGGACCUGCGCUAAAUGAAGACGCCUGUUUGUUUGCCACUGAAAUCCACAAGGAAGCAAUUUACUACGCUAUAUUAAUCAGUGAAUUUAACAUCUGCAUAAGCGAAAAAGUCAGUCCAGUAUUUUUUUACUGCAGAUAUUGGUAUGAAUAGGAAUAUUCCUUUCCAGUCAUUGCCAUAUAAUCUUACGUCUUCGGAGCGCCGGUGAAUACCAUCUGUCUUCACGGAGUCGCGUCUGUCUCACUAGUGUAUUCAGUGUAUUUCAAUUCAUGCCUCUAAAGAAUGUACCUACUUGACGGUAACUACACUGACAGGAUGGAUCGAGGAACGCCUCAAAGGAAAACCGUGUACCGGAUCUCUCUCACCUUGGUUAAAAAAGAAAGCUUGCAGGAUGGAAGCGCUUCGGCGCAGCGACGCAUCGAGAAUCCCAAAGUGGGCGCUUACCGUCGCGAGGGCUCCUCGGAGAUUCAGAGGAGCUGCUUGCUCGAGGAGUUGCAAGAGGUCGAUGAUGAAUCGGACGACUUCUCCUCGCACAACAACAUGAGGAAUUUCAGGACGUUUAGCACUGGCCAGCUGGAACUGGGGAGACUCAAAUUGUCCAGGAAGGUGCAUCACUUACACAAGGACCUAAAAGAAACGGCGACCAGCCCCGUGACAGGAGAUGGGAAGGGAACUUCGGAAAACAUUUCUCCCCAGAGCCAGAACGCGCAUGACGGGGUAAGUGGGCCACAGGAAGGGUCCGACACGGACAGGACACGGGAGAUCCCCCGCGCCGAGCGGGACCCGACCACGCAAGCGCCCGCCGCCAACGGCGAGAAUGGCGGCGUCCACAAAAAAAAGCGCCUCCUCAAGGCCAAGAGCACGGAGGAAAGGACCUCGGAGGGACCGCCCGCCCACGGGGACGGGGACGGCGACGCCGGGCCGCCCAAGAGCAACGGCAAGGCGGCCAAAGCGGCCCCCGCCGCCCCCUCCCCCGAGACCCCCCCGAAGCGACACCCCAGCCUGCUGCGCCGCAGCUUCAGCUUCCGCCACUGGACGGGCGGCGAGCUGCUUCGCAUCCGCGCCCUCUCCCGGGACAAGCACCACAGCAGCUCCGGGUGCAUCGGUCGCGACGAGGCGGCCCGCGGAGGGGGAGGAGCCGACGAGCCCGCCGCCGCCACGGUCCUCCGGAACCCCAGCUACGGCGAGUCGGACCCGCCGGAGAGGAAGAGGAACACCCUGGAGGUGGGCGCCGUGUUGAACCGGGCCGACCCGGCGCUGGAGGAGGCGGGCCGGCGGGAGCGCGCCCGGGGCAAGAACCGCACGCUGGACAACAGCGACCUGCUGCAGCUGUCGGAGAAGAGCGUGGCCGAGAAGGAGGGCUUCCUGCGCGGGGCGGGCGGGCGCUCCAGCGGCCACGAGAGGCGCCUGGUGCGCUUCUUCAGCGGCAUCUUCUCCCGGAGGGACGGCGGCGGGGCCACGUCCACGCCGCUGGGCAGCCCCAGCAGCGCCCGCCCCCUCCGGAGGGGCCCCGGGAGGCGGGGCGGAGCGGCCGGCUCCCAGUCCAGCACGGAGAGCAUGAACGGGAGCCAGGCCGACGGUAAUGGACGUCCUCCCAAUCUCUCUCGCACAUCGUUUUGUGUGUGUGUGUGUGUGUUUUAUUUUACUCCCCGGUUUUCAUUUCGUACCUCUACCUACUUCUUUGUGUCCCUCCCGCUCGAGGUUGCUCCGCUCAACACACACACACACACACAGACUGCUCACCUACAGCUACCCUCUCCCCGCAGGGAGGAGCGCGAGCGCUGGAUCCGGGCCAAGUACGAGCAGCGGGUGUUCCUGGCGUCGCUGGGGCCCUCGGAGCUGUCCCUGGGCCAGCAGCUGCUGCGGGCCACGGCGGAGGAGGACCUGCGCGCCGUGGUGCUGCUGCUGGCCCACGGCACGCGGGAGCAGGUGAACGAGACGUGCGGCGAGGGCGACGGGCGCACCGCCCUGCACCUGGCCUGCCGCAAGGGCAGCGUGGUCGUCACCCAGCUGCUCAUCUGGUACGGCGUGGACAUCAUGGCGCGGGACGCCCACGGCAACAGCGCGCUGGCGUACGCGAGGCAGGCCAGCAGCCAGGAGUGCGUGGACACGCUGCUGCAGUACGGCUGCCCCGACGAGCGCUUCCCCCUCAUGGCCACGCCCAACCUGUCGCGGCGCAACACCAACCGCAACAACAGCUGCAGCAGCACGGGCAGCGCCGCGCUCAUAUGACCCCCCUCCCUCCCCGUGUCCCCCUCCCCCGCCCCGGUACUGCACCCCCCGACAGAACAGGGCCUCCCCGGACGGAAAGACCUAGAACAAAUGCACCCUGAUAUAGCCACGUGUGCUAGAAAAGGAGAGGGGGGGGAAACCACACCAUGCCCCGCUCCUUGAAAGUGGGACUUGUUUCGAAAGGGAGCCUUUGAAAGCCCGACGGUUUGGGAGACACGGACGAACAAUUUUGGGAACCACUACUUCUGCACUCCUGUUGUUAUACCUUGAGCUAGCCCCCCCAUCCCUGACCUCUUGAACCCUGGACCUCCUCCUCAACCACUAGUCGCUCACACGCUCUUGUUGAAAUAGUAGAUGAUGGGAAUGACCUCAGUGGUCAUUCUCCCUUCCUUUCGCUCUCUCUCUCUCACACACACACACACACCUGCACCUACACGCACCUCUAGGAUCCUGAGACGGCGUUGGUCCAGGUAUCCAGUCCUUCACAAGGCCGUUUCCUGUAUGAAAGCAUUGUGGAAGUUCUGCAUCCGGGGUUAAGCCCCGCCCCUCCUCCGCUAGCUCACUUCCUGCCUGCAUGUUAGUCAGAGCAUUCUGGGAAGGGGUUCCGAUCCCAGCGCCUGCCAGCUGGGACCUGUGGGGAGGGACCAGGGACCAGGGACCCUGUCCUCAUCUGGACGUCCGGUCUCCUGCUGAACCCACCACACUGGACCCCACAGGAAGCCCCUCUCACGCACACGUCACACGACCUUCCCCACACACACGUGUACUCACACAUACAUCACACUACUGUCCCCCCCCACACACACACACAGACACACACAAUACCUUACUCAGUCUUACUCUCUUAGUGUAUUCUUGUUCCACAGUGCACCGUCAGAGGUUUCACCUAGCAAAAACUCUGACUUGAUUUCAGUCUGUAAUGUGAACGCCCCCCCCCCACACACACACACACACACACACACCCGUACCUUUUUUUAAUGUGAAAAGUAUCUUGAUGUAAAAGUUUCAACGACAAAAAAAAAGAAAAGAGAAAAAAAAAAAAAAAAUUAAGAGGGAAAAAAACCCGUCGUUCAAGAUAUCGCCUCAAGAUAUUUCUUAGGAACAAU